AUGGAGCCGGUGCCCCGGAAGCGCAAGGGCGCGCCCCCGGCGUGCUCCGCCGCCAGGUCCCUCCAAGAUUUGGCCUCCCGCAAGCGCGCCUGCCGUGGUUCCGAGCCGCCGCAGUCCCCCCGCCGCGCCGACGCGGCCGCCCCCGCCGUGGUGAUGACGGCCCCCGCGGCGAGCGGCGCGUCGGCGUCGGCGGGGGUCUUCCUCCCGGGGCGCGGGCUCAAGCGGAAGGUGGGCUGCAUCGACAGCGCCACGCGGAUCGGGCGGCGGAAGCGGCUGGAGAGCGAGUACGACCUCGGCGAGGAGAUCGGGCACGGCAAGUUCGGGUCCGUCCGCGUCUGCCGCCCCAAGGCCGCCCGGGGCGAGGAGGAGUUCGCCUGCAAGGCGUUGCCCAAGAACGGCGGGGACACGGCCCACCGCGAGGUGGAGAUCAUGCAACACCUCUCGGGCCACCCGGGCGUCGUCACGCUCAGGGCCGUCUUCGAGGACGCCGACGCCUUCUACCUCGUCAUGGAGCUCUGCCACGGCGGACGGCUCCUCGAUGAGGUGGCCAGGGAGGGUAAGCUCUCUGAGCGCCGCGCCGCCAAUGUGAUCAAGGAGCUCAUGGCCGUCCUCAAGUACUGCCACGAGAUGGGUGUCGUGCAUAGGGACGUCAAGCCGGAGAAUGUUCUGCUCACCAAGGCUGGAAGGCUGAAGCUUGCAGAUUUCGGAUUGGCCGUGCGAGUUGCCGAUGGGCACCCCUGGGUCUUAUUCUACACCGAAUGCCCGCAGAAAGCUGAAUUCUCUGACCUAUGGGGUACUAACAAGACUGCAACUCCCAUGAUUCAUAGGGAGAGAGUUAGGUUUGAUUACUGCGAGUCUUUAUCUUCAGAAUCCUCAACUGACAACUCUGAAGAGCAAGAUGAAUGCGGUAUAGUUGACGCACUGGCGACAGCAAUAACACAGGUGAGGAUAUCAGAGCCCAAGAGGACCCGGCUGUUCAGCCCAGCCAACGGGCUGUUGCCGCCAAGCAGGAACACUCUCCGAACUUGA